GUGUGUGUGUGUGUGUAUACGUGUAGAAGUGUGUGUGACUCAUCUCCUUCUUGUGCAGUCUCUCAUCCCGUUAAUCCGCAAACUCGCGACUGUAGAUCGGAGUUUUAAAGGAACGCAUCGUGUGUGUCGUCUGGAUACACACGAACGCGCAGAGUGUAAACUGUAGCACUGAAUUUUGUGUCGCCAGCAGCGUGUGUGUAUAUCCGUGCGUCGUUGUCUAUCGUUGUUACCUAUAUAUGCGUGAUUUUGUGUUUGUAAAUUCAACGUGCUACGAAGAAAUGUCAGUUGAAUCCGAGUCGUCGUGCCGAGGUAGCUGAGAACAAACCGUAGCAGCAGCAUAGCACGGCAGCAGCAGCCAGUCUUAGUUGGUAAUCGCGAAAGAAUCGAACGGCCAGUCAUCCCGCCAGGUCAAUAUUAACAACAGUGAGCCUAGCCGAGGGGGUGGCUUCAUCUCGCCCUUCGUCACCCGCUGCUUAGCCAACGUCUUAAAGCCAUUUAUUGAGAGUCCUGAUAAACAAUUUCUUGUAUUACAAAGAAGUUAGUUUUCAUAAAUUUUUCAUGGUUCCUAUUUUGAUUAUUUAUUCAUUGUUUAUCAAUCUAAAUAGUUCUUGGAAUUAAGACAAUCGUAAAAUAAGGGACAAAUAGUUCUUAGAUCAUGAUAGAUACUGUGUGGGGUUGGGCCUCACCCCCGCUGCGCCUCCAGCAGGCAGCCGGGGGGGCUGCAGCAAGCAACCGUAGCCCUGCAUCAGCUCCUCCGCAGCAACCCUCGUCAUCAUUGUCAGCAACAACAUCUCCAAGCAACAACGCUCUUGUGGUGCUCGAUCAUCACAGACCACCUAGCAGCUCAUCGGCCACCAUCAUUAACAACAACUAUCCAAGAAUAGCUGGCGAGAUGGUGGUCGACAGAGCUCCUUCGCCGGCCAGGCUGAGCCACACAUCAGAGAAGCACCCCCGUGCUACUCUAACUGAGAUGACAGUGCUCAGAAGACACAGGGAGCUAUGUGAUGUUGUGUUGAAAGUUGGCUCAAGAAAAAUAUUUGCUCACAGAGUUAUAUUGUCAGCAUGCAGCCCUUACUUCAGAGCGAUGUUUACUGGCGAAUUAGCAGAAUCACGACAAACCGAAGUAACGAUACGAGACAUCGACGAAAUGGCCAUGGAAUUACUCAUAGAUUUCUGCUACACGUCUCACAUAAUUGUAGAGGAAGCCAAUGUCCAAACUUUAUUACCGGCUGCGUGUUUAUUGCAACUGGCCGAGAUUCAGGACAUUUGCUGCGAAUUUCUAAAACGUCAGCUGGAUCCGUCCAAUUGUCUCGGCAUAAGAGCUUUCGCCGAUACGCACUCAUGCCGAGAGCUACUCCGCAUUGCCGAUAAAUUUACUCAGCAUAAUUUUCAAGAGGUGAUGGAAAGCGAAGAAUUUCUUCUGCUGCCCGUUGGUCAACUAGUCGAUAUUAUCUCGUCGGACGAGCUGAACGUUCGCUCCGAGGAACAAGUGUUCAAUGCAGUCAUGAACUGGGUCAAGUACAACGUUACGGAGCGACGCCAGCACCUGGCCCAAGUGCUGCAGCACGUCAGGCUGCCGCUGCUGAGUCCCAAAUUCCUCGUCGGCACGGUCGGCUCGGAUCUGCUCGUCAGGUCCGACGAUGCCUGCCGAGAUCUCGUGGACGAGGCGAAAAAUUACCUCCUGCUGCCGCAGGAGAGGCCACUCAUGCAGGGACCAAGAACGAGGCCGCGAAAGCCUACGCGGCGAGGCGAGGUUCUAUUCGCGGUCGGUGGAUGGUGUUCCGGCGAUGCCAUCGCGAGCGUGGAGCGCUUCGAUCCCAACACCGUCGACUGGAAAAUGGUCGCGCCCAUGAGCAAGCGUCGCUGCGGCGUCGGCGUCGCCGUCCUGAACGAUCUGCUCUACGCCGUCGGCGGACACGACGGCCAGAGCUAUCUCAACAGUAUCGAGAGGUACGAUCCGCAGACGAACCAGUGGUCCUGCGACGUGGCGCCCACGACCUCGUGCAGGACGAGCGUCGGCGUGGCCGUGCUGGAUGGUUUUCUCUACGCCGUCGGCGGGCAGGAUGGCGUGCAGUGCCUGAAUCACGUUGAGAGAUACGAUCCAAAAGAGAACAAAUGGUCGAAGGUGUCGCCGAUGACGACGCGCCGCCUCGGCGUAGCCGUAGCUGUAUUAGGUGGCUAUUUGUAUGCCAUCGGCGGGUCCGAUGGCCAGUCACCACUCAACACGGUCGAGCGUUACGAUCCGCGACAGAACAAGUGGACGCAGGUCUCGCCGAUGUCGACGCGGCGCAAGCAUCUUGGCUGCGCCGUGUUCAACAAUCUCAUCUACGCCGUCGGCGGCCGAGACGAUUGCAUGGAGUUGUCCAGCGCCGAGCGUUACAAUCCACAUACCAAUUCCUGGAGUCCGAUAGUUGCUAUGACUUCGAGAAGAAGCGGGGUCGGUCUUGCGGUCGUGAACGGUCAACUCUACGCGGUGGGCGGCUUCGACGGCACGGCCUACCUCAAGACGAUCGAGGUCUACGAUCCCGAGCAGAAUCAGUGGCGACUGUGCGGCUACAUGAAUUAUCGUCGGCUCGGCGGUGGCGUGGGCGUGAUGCGUGCACCGCAGACGGAAAACUACAUUUGGUAGCUGAGGCCGUCCAGUGCGACAGCACCCGUGACCCCGACCUCGGAGAGCGCAGCCGACACACCCCUGGCGCUGACGCCCGUUACCCCCGUCUCGCCCGUAACGCCACCCGCGCACGUGUCCAAUCUGCAGGCCAGCAGUAGCAACAGCAACAAUAACAACAACAAUAACAAUAACAACAACAACAACUCGGCCAAUACGAGAAAACGUUAUAGACGAUCCAUGAGUAUCAUUUAAUGAACAUAGCGCGUUACGUGUUUUUCUUCAUUUGUUGGUGUUCAAUUGUAAAUUAUACCGCCGCUUUGAUUGCGAAAAAUUGUAUAUCGUGUGCUUGUUUUCGGUAAUUUUUUUUUUAUGUUUGUAUGCGUUAUUUAUUUUUUUUUGUUUUAUUACAUUGAUACAAAAUCAUUGCGCUGUAUUAAAAUUGUUCGUGAACUAUUUUUGUAACGUUAUUUUCAUCGUUGAAUCUGGAAAAAAUCACCAAUGCCUCAAUGUUUGUCUUCGAUCGAGUAUUAAAUUGUAUUUUCGAAUUUCUUUUGAUAAAUGUUUAUGCAAUUAGUAUCGAAUGGCUUGCCACUGAUUUAGUAUAAUUUAAACGAUAAAUCAUUCCUAUCAAGCAUUGAAUCGUGUAUAACUCAUUAUUAUUUAUCGUACAAUGGCUACAUUAGUCAAAUUUAGGGUUCAAGCAGGAUUCAUUGUGCCAAUGGGGAUAAUAUCGAUUUCCUUAGAACUUGUCACUGUCGUAAAAUAUUACGUGAUAAUAACGUGAGAUGUAGGUGUGAAAAAGACUUGAAAUUCGUUGUGAAACGGUAAGAACGAACUUUAGCUUGUUGUAAUGUCACUGAGUAAGCGCAAAAUAACGUGAGGCAUUUGAUUGUAUAAAUAUGAUAAGCAAGAGCUGCGACGCACCAAACGUCAUGGACUGUUUUUAGUUAGAUAAUUAGAUAGACUCGUCCAAAAAUUUGGAACUAUUAUUUAUACUUGUAGAAAGUAAUGAAUUAAGACUAAUGAUUUUAAUAAUAAGUAUUGUAUCAUUCAACAAUUUGUUUUAAUAGGACCUAAAUUUCUAUGAUCAAUUGAAGCUUUAACAACGAUUUUUGAAUUUGCAUUUUUAACAACGAACUUUGAUGAUACGCAUUCUUUUUUUUUACAUAAAAAAGUAAUACGUUUUGUAUACUUUUUUUAAACAAGUUUCAUCCGUUCCACGUUGUUCAUCGAUUUUAUUAAUUUUACGAAUUUUCUGUGUCGAAUUUAUUCAAGAACUACAAUGCAUCUUAGUAAAUUAUAAAUACAAAAUGACGUAUUAGCACUGAAAGCCAUGGUUUUUAUAAUAAUAUAGAUUCAUUGAGAUGGAAAAAAAUGAUAUCCUUGCGCAA